CCCACAGCGUUUACAUACACAUUUGCCCAGUGUUCCUUCACGUUGUGUGUAACUAAAAAGUAACUGGUGUGUGUGUGUUUGGCAGUUGGCUGUGACGAAAAUUCCUAAUCUUGACGCGGGUUUCCAAGCUCCACUCCCGUUUUUGAAAAGCAACAGUGACUGCCACUACAAGGAGAGAAAGAAGAAAAAAGAAGAAGCAACCGUUUUUGCCCCCAUCUCGAGUGGUGUGUGUGUGUCUGCUGUGACAACGAUGCAGAAGAGCGUGGAAAAGUGGAAACCGGAAGGAAAGAAAACGUGAUCCGGCUUUGUUUUGUCGUGUUAACGCGCGCGCACCAGUUCGUUAAACCAAAAAAUCACUUUGCGGAAGAUUUUAAUAUUCAAGAAAAACGGAACCGAACCGAUUCGGAAAAAGAAAGAAAAAAAACAGUUGGUUUGGGAAUGCCCGUCAUUGUGGCGCCUCGUGAAUUUCCGUCGCCUGUUGCUUCCGUCACGCACCUCCCUGUCAACUUUGUUGGUCUCGCGUCGUUGAUAAGUGGAUAAACACACGCACAGAGAGAAACUGGCGCUCACCCGAGCUGGUCCACACAACGAGACUUGUUUAUUCUCUCCGUGCGUUGCUGUGCGGAUUGACGUUUUUCUCCGUGGCUGUUUUUAUUUUUAUUUUUUCCCCCUCACGUUUUUGAAUAUUCGGCUUGACGUAAGUGACGCCAUCUGUCGAAGUCGAUCGUCACUGUGCGUUUGAAAAAGGAGGGGAGAGAAAAUGAUGAGUGAACAAGCGGCGAUGAUGAGUAGUAGUAGUGAUGGCGUUGGUGGAGUAGUCGGUAGUGGUGCAGCUGCAGCGGCGGCGGCUUCGAGACGGGAACGACUGCGCCGUCCUUUGCCCAAUCCGCCGGAACCGAACCGCGGUUCAGCGGCUCAGUCAACAGCGGCAGCUGCUGCCGCUGCGGCCGGCGUCCGCGGCGUCGUAGCCAGUCGUCUGGCGGCCAUGGCCUCGGCUGGAUCUCCAAUUAGUUCGGUGACAUCAUCCUCCUCUUCCUCAUCAGCCGCAAUUUCGUCGACUUCCACUUUUGCUGGAGGGACCACAACAACAACGUCGGCGACAACCAAUGGCGACAACAACCUCCCGCACAAGUUGACCACAUCCUACAGUGUCGAUUCCAAUUCGCGCAUACCCAGUUAUCGAUUAUCCAGUCUGGAUCGGUUGGCCCAGCGUCAGCGUUUGUUUGAAACCACGACCGCCACUUCGGUCCAGCCCAACGGAUUGCCCACCACCGCUCAUCCUCCUUCAACUUCUUCCUCGUCCUCUUCGACUUCUUCUUUCACAUCCGCCACUAAUGUGGCCAUUGGAGAGUCACUCGCCUUACAAAGUAAGCGUGAAAUGUUCUUCAAGAGCGAUACGCUGCCAGCGGGUGCUGGUUUGAGCAGCUCUGCCACGGCCUCGACAGCCAAUAAUGCCACGCCCGCCUCUUCAGCAACUGGUGCUCAACAGCCGGUGGGCAACAUUGCUUCGCUCAAGGAGAGUUUAUUGGCCAACAAGGAGAAUCACACGACUGCGACGACGACGACGGGUGGACCGCAGACGUCAUCUUCCUCGGCAACCUUGACUGGCAGCAUUAGUAAUAACAGCAGCCAUGGCAGUGUGCCCGGUUUGGCUAGCACCGGAAGCAAGGUGGAGGCGUUGAAGCGGGAAUUGACGGAUGACAGUAGCAGUAGUAGCAGUAGCACCAGCAACCGGGUUAUAUUACGUGACCGACUGGCUGAGAAAGGUCCGGCACCCAGUCCGCCAGUCAUCAAUAAGACACGCGAAGUGGAUUACGUCGGCUUUGCCAAUCUUCCCAACCAGGUGUACCGAAGAGCUGUCAAAAAAGGAUUUGAAUUCACCUUAAUGGUUGUCGGCGAGUCGGGACUGGGCAAGUCGACGCUCAUCAACUCCAUGUUUCUGGCCGACAUUUACUCGCCGGAAUACCCUGGCCCGUCGCACCGCAUCAAAAAGACGGUCCAAGUGGAACAGUGCCAAGCUCUUUUGAAAGAGAACGGAGUCAAUUUGACACUGACCGUAGUCGACACGCCCGGAUUCGGUGACGCGGUAGACAACAGCAACUGUUGGCAGCCGAUCGUCGACUACAUUGAAUCCAAAUAUGAAGAGUACCUGAACGCCGAAUCCAGGGUGCAGCGCCAACCCAUGCGCGACCACCGUGUUCACGUCUGCCUGUAUUUCAUCCAGCCGUCGGGUCACGGUCUCAAACCGUUGGACAUUGAAUUUAUGAAGCGACUCCACGAUAAAGUCAAUAUCAUCCCCGUCUUGGCCAAGGCCGACACCAUGACGCCAGAUGAGUGCACCUACUUCAAAAAACAGGUUCUCAAUGAAAUUGCUCAGCACAAGAUCAAGAUUUACGAGUUUCCAGACGUUGAUGACGAGGAAUUGCGCAAAUCUCAACGCGCCCUGCGAGAACGAGUGCCGUUUGCCGUGGUCGGCUCCAAUACAGUUGUCGAAGUGGACGGGCGGAAGAUUCGUGGACGACGUUAUCCGUGGGGUGUCGUCGAAGUGGAAAAUAUGGAACAUUGCGAUUUCAUCGCUCUACGAAACAUGUUGAUCCGGACCCACAUGACUGAUUUGAAAGAAGUGACAAAUAAUGUCCAUUACGAAAACUUCCGCUGUAGGAAACUGGCUGGAGUGGGAGUGACGGCCAGUGACGGAACGCUGGGCAAAUCUAAUCGGAUCUCCAACAAGAACCCGUUGGCGCAAAUGGAGGAAGAGCGAAGGGAUCACGAAGCCAAGAUGAAGAAAAUGGAGCAAGAGAUGGAACAAGUUUUUGAAAUGAAAGUCAAGGAGAAGACGCAAAAGCUCAAAGACUCCGAAACAGACUUGCAACGUCGACACGAACAGACGCUCCGUUCGCUCGAGGCCCAGAAACAAGAACUGGAGGAGAAGCGUAAAGCCUUUGAGAAUGAAAAAUUGGCCUGGGAGAAUGCUUCCGGCUUGACGCUGGAGGAAAUGCGCCGACGCAGCCUCGAAGCCAAUUCUAGAGAGGGAUUGACCGUUGCUGAUGAGCCAAAGCGGUCCAUCAGCGGGGCUGCGAAUCGUUUCAAGCGUUCGCUCUCUUUGCGCACGGCCAGCAAGCCCGAAACCUACUCCCAACAUCAGCCAGCCGCUAACCAAGAAUGCAAACAGCAAUGAGAAAUUUGAUUUCUCCUCCUCCUCCAUAUACAUCUCUCUCUCUCUCUCUCUCAAUAAUCUCUUGACUGCCAAAACAAACAAACUCAUGAUGCAUCUUGUUUACAUCACAUGAAACAAAAAAUAAUCUUUUUUUAAAAAAUUUGGAAUCUCUUUUUUCAUUUUCCUCUUUCUUAUUCUCUUUCCACUUUUUCUCUUAAAUUUUUCCUUUCUAAAAACAAAACCUCUUUUUGAUAUGAACUUGCAUGCGCUCGAGCCGUUCCUACUUAACUUUAGUUAUUUUUUUCUUCUCUUUCCGGGGUGGGGUCAAAGGCACUUUAACUUAAAUUGUGAAAUCUCACGUCUGUACUUGCUCUGCAAAGGUGAUCAAAGAACAAGCGAAAUCAAAGCUGAAAAUUUACCUGUCGUUAAGCGCACAUUGCGGAAAUCGCAUGCUCUAAAACUUAAUUCGAACAAAUUUGUAGCCAUAUUUUUUUUUUCUUCGUGUAGUCUCUGACUAACCAAAUGCCCCCUAUAUCUUUGCAGGCAAGUAGACGGCAAGGACAAGGAGAAGGUGAAAAAGAAGAAGGGACUCUUCUAGGAAAGCAUAAAAUUCUAGAUCACACACACACACACACAUUUACACGCAGACACGAACUUCUAUCUUUCAAUUUAGCUUCUUAAUUUUUUUUCCUUUUUCUCUAUUCUCUGCUCUGUUUCUUGUCUCGCUCUUUGUGAAGAAGUUUCGAUCGUGCAGUGUGUGUCUACGUUGUAUUUUGUGUCUUGUUUCUCUUUUUCUGUGUAUAGUUUUGUGUCAUUCAUGUCCCCCUCUUUUUUUUAAUACCUCUCGGGAGUAAUUAUAUUCAAUUUUUUUUUUGUGAAAUCAAUUUUUCUUUAUUUUUUCGAAUAUUUUGAACGUCUACUACCUCCCCUCAUUUUUCAGAUUUUUUUUUGUCUUCUUUUUCCCCCCUUCGCAGUAUGUGAGUAAAUGGAAAACAAUUUGGGCUUAUAUUCUUCUUUUUUUGGUUUACAUUUUUGGAACGUUUUUUUUUCCUAUUAUGUAGACUGGCAUUCCGACGUCAAUUUUUUUUCUCGAGUUCACCCCGACCUCAUUCAGCUUCCCUUUGUGUGCCAUUUCUUUAUUUUGGUGGCAGUAUUCUUCUCUCUUUUCUUUGAAUUUUUGUUCAUAGGGAAGUUUCAGCCAUCUGAUGUGUCUCCCGUUAUGGGGUCUUUAUGUCACGCAAACAAAAAUAACAAAAAAACAAACAUGAUCAUACUGAAUUUCAAAACAAAAAUACCCUCUUCUUGCAGUCCUGUCUUAAUUUCAUUGCAUUUUUGGGUUGUCCUCAUCGUCGAAACACUCGAGUCAACCAGGUUACCAUUUUUGUUGGGUUCGAUCUUGUCAUUAAUUAAAAAAAAGAAAAGAAAACAGAGAUGAAUGCUGACAAAAUACAACAAAAUUUGUAAUUUAAAUAAUGAAUUAUUCCCCCCGAUCUUCCAUAUCGACUACUUUGUGUCAAGUGUCACGGCUGGAGGAGAAUACAGAAACAUUAAAUAAACUAAUGAAAACCGUA